GAAGCGUCAUUUGUUUGAAGAGGAAAACGGGGUAGGACGAAAGAAAACGGUGAUCUUGAGUUCAAGUGAACUUUCUCGGUACUUUAUUGUUACUUGAACUUCCCAGGCUGACAAACACGUAAUACUAGUACAGUAGUGGUGGCAUUCUUCCUUGGUUCUCAACCUCAUCGCAAAUAUGGCUUCUCAAGUCACCGUAAGCGGCAUCUGUGAGAAUACUAAGAUGGCGCGGGAGAAUGCACUGCUUGGUUCUUACGACGGUGCUGCGGUGUAUUAUCAGGCGGUGCUACAGCAAAUCCAGAAGCUCAUGCAGGGCAUUCGAGAAGCAGAUCGCAAGGAGAAGUGGGUAAAGGUCAGGCAGCAGAUUCAGAUUGAGUACGAGCUGAUCAAAGACCUGAUGGGCAUCCUGUCCAGCUUCAAAUCGGACCCCAGUGCCGGUAGUGAUCGCUCGGCCGCUGGCGGCGGAGGUGUCGGGCAUGGUCAGCGCAUCAGGCCUCACGUGUCCCCGCCAUCACACCAGCAAGAGCAACCAGCCGACCCUGACGUCUGGCCUGCUCCAGAGAAGCAGCCGGCCCGCGUGAGCAAGCCUCCAGCACGGCGUGACAACCCGCCGCCGGGUCGAGCUGCUGUCAACAAACCCAGUGGAGCAGCAGCACCGCGCCGUGGCGGUGGCGGCGGUAAUGGUCCCGGCUACGGAGCAGUGGCCGGCGGAGGAGCCGGUGCAAAGGCAUCGCCGGCCGGCGGACGUUCAGCAGCACCCGGUGGUAGAAAUGCGCCGCCUGCGUCCAAGCAGGCAGGGCGAGGAGCUGGCGGUGCCGCUGCUGGUGGAGCUGGAAAAGCAGCUGAUGGCAACAAAGAUAAAAAGGGUGGUAAUCCUCACGACGACAAACCGAUUCCGCAGAAGUUUGAAGCCGGUGGUUAUGACAAGGAGUUGGUGGAAAUGCUGGAGCAGGACAUCGUCCAGCAUAACAUCAGUGUGCACUGGGAUGACAUUGCGUCGCUUACCGAAGCCAAGCAACUUCUGAAAGAAGCUGUUGUCAUGCCGCUACUGCUUCCUGACUUCUUUCAAGGUAUCCGUCGACCGUGGAAGGGUGUACUGAUGGUGGGCCCACCAGGCACAGGCAAGACUCUGCUGGCCAAGGCGGUUGCAACUGAAUGCGGCACCACUUUCUUCAACGUGUCCUCGCAAUCACUGGCGUCCAAGUAUCGCGGCGAAUCGGAAAAGCUUGUCCAUCUUCUCUUCCAGAUGGCACGGUUUUAUGCGCCGAGCACCAUCUUCAUCGAUGAGAUUGACGCCAUUGCAAGUCGCCGUGGCGGUGAGAGUGAACAUGAAUCCAGCCGCCGUGUCAAGAAUCAGCUUCUGGUUGAAAUGGAUGGUGUGGACGGCGCCACUGGGGAUGCCGGCAAGAUUGUCAUGGUCCUCGCCGCGACGAACUUCCCAUGGGACUUGGAUGAUGCGCUGCGACGUCGACUGGAGAAGCGAAUCUACAUACCUCUCCCGGAUGUCGACGGCCGUGAGCAGUUGCUGCACAUCAAUCUCAAGUCUGUGCCUAUGGACAGCGAUGUGGAUCUGCGUGCAAUUGCUGAGCAGUUGACCGGCUACAGUGGCUCUGAUAUCACCAGUGUCUGCAGGGAUGCCUCCAUGAUGAGCAUGCGUCGUCGCAUCGAGGGUUUAACACCAGAAGACAUCAAGAAAUUGUCCAAGGAUGAGCUCGAGAUGCCGGUGACAAAGAGCGACUUUGAUCUGGCCAUCAAGAAGGUGAAUAAAACCGUCUCGCAGCAAGACAUCGAGAAGUAUACAAAGUGGAUGACAGAGUUUGGCUCGACGUGAAGUUGCAUCUCUCUCUCUCUCUCUCUCUCUCUCUCUCUCUCUCUCUCUCUCUCUCUCUCUCUCUCUCUCUCUCUCUCUCUCUCUCUCUCUCUCUCUCUCACUCACUUUGUUCAUGAUGCACUGGUGCCAAUAUGCCACUAUUUUAUUUUGUUAUUUUACUUGCUCUCCGCUAAUACCUUGUUAGGAAUUCAUGCCAAGCGGGAUCUUGGUGUGCUGGUGCUUGAUAAGAGCCUCUCGUCUCUCAACUGUUUGCUCUUCAGUUUGACUGGAACUUAGAAGAGAUGCUAACUUCAUAUUAACCACGCACUGGUAUUCGUGACUGUGUGUGCGUGUGUGUGUGUGUGGUGUGUGUAUGUGUGUGUAUGUGUGUGUGUGUGCGUGCGUGUGUGCUGUGUACCAUUUUGCUUAUUACUUCAGUACUGACUUUACCUCUCCUGCUGGGCAGAUGCCUCAUACUUCACAUGAAAAAAUAACUACACUACACAGAUCAAGUGUGUCGUGUUCUUU